AUGGGAAUUCUUGCUGAUAUACAUGGAGGACUCUGCAACCUCAAUUUCAACAGCAAGGAUGUUUCCAACAUCAGGACCAAUCUGAGGCAAGGGCUUACUUUUAGAGAUAUGGACGCAACACUAGAAUACUUCCAAAAGUUGCAAGCAAAGAGUCCCUCAUUCUUCUAUGCAGUCAAGGUUGAUAGGUCUAAUACAGUGAGGGCUUUGUUUUGGGUAGAUGGAAGGACAGGGGAGCUGUACAAAAACUUCAGAGAUUGUGUCUUCUUUGACACAACAUUUUGUACCAAUAGGUACAACAUGCCCUUUGCUCCUCUAGUUGGGAUAAAUAAUCAUAUGCAGACCAUACUCCUUGGUAUUGUCUUGCUACCGAAUGAGACAACUGAAAUAUUUGUGUGGGUCUUUGAAGCAUUGAAGAAAGCGAUGGGUGGACUAGAACCACUGAACAUAAUGACAGACCAAGACAAAGCGAUGAAAGCUUCAAUAAGUCAAGAGUUCCCCAAUGCUAAGCAUAGAUGUUGCAAGUGGCAUGUGAUGAGCAAAGGGAGGGAUAAGCUCACUUGGCUGAUCUCAUUUGAAGAGAACUUUGACAAGGAGUUGGACUAUUGUGUUAACAAAACUGAGACAAUAGAGGAGUUUGAGAUGUUGUGGAAACAAUUGGAGGACAAAUACAACUUGCGUGACAACCAGUUUUGGCAGAAUAUGUUAGCUACAAGACAUAUGUGGGGUCCUACAUAUUUUAAGAUGGAUCUCUUUCCUUUCACUGGCACAACAGGGAGAUCAGAAGGAAUGAAUGCCUUGUUCAAGAAGGUGUUCCACCCACAAGAUUCAGUGUUGCAAUUUGUCACCUAG